UCAUACCAUACCUUCGAGUGUACGAGGUUUUAACCAUGUCUCGUGUUUGCACAUCACUAAGGGAUGCAGUUAACAAUGAUGUAUUGCCAUGGCUUUGUAUUAUUAUCGAAACGCGUCUCAAUUUUCGACUCACCGACGAGACUCUGUUGAAAAUCACAUCCAAAGCCAAUGGUAGGCUUCAAAAACUUGCUCUCAUGAACUGUAUCCACAUCACUGAUCAAGGACUACAAAGGGUCAUAGAACAAAACCCUUUCAUUAAAGAGCUUCAUAUACCAGCAUGCACUAGCAUAACCCCUGAAGGAGUUCUAAAAGCUGUGGAAACAUUGUGCCAAAGAAACAAAUGCUUAACCACCUUGAGUAUAAACGGCAUCUACAAUCUACAGAAGGAGCAUCUUGACAUCCUUACUUCAAAUCUUAAAGAAAACCUUUCAUUAGAAAACAUGCAAAUGCAGCAGCCUAUCUACUAUCAUAAACGCGGCAGCGUUUCAGCAUUCGAGUGUCAAGAAAAUCAUCGGAUUAUCGAUUUGGAGAUAUGUCCCAAGUGUUCUGAAGUGAAGAUGGUAUAUGACUGCCCAAAAAUGGACUGCAAGAUGAAGGAAUGUACGGGGUGCAUAUUUUGUAUUCCUAGGUGUGAAAACUGUGGUGAAUGUGUUGGAUCAGAAGAACCUGAAGAGUGUGCUUGUGGAGAUAUUAUGUGCCUUGAAUGUUGGUUAAAGGUUCCUAAAUGCAGUUUCUGUAACAAACCAUAUUGUAAACAGCACACAGAUUGGUGGUGUACUUCUUCUGACUCUUCAUUAAUGUGUAGAGUUUGUGAUGAAAAUUCUCAUGGAUAUACAUACACUGAUGAGCUAUAA